CCUUUGCUCGCCCAGCUGCCAGGCCUCUUCGCGGAGCUUCUCCACAGCAGCCGGCGGACGGCGGUGGACAAUUUAUCCGAGCCCGUCCGCGGCCACGGGGGAGUCCCACAGGCUCUAGCUGGCUUUGAGGGACAGGAUUCCCAAGGCUCCCACCCCCUCCUCCCUCCCUCCCAUCCACCCCCCCCUUCUUCCCAGGCUUCCUGUUGGGGCUACGUAAUCCCGCCACCCGCAGCAAAGCCGAGGCCCGGCCCGCCUGGCAUUGCUUUGCGUUAUGGACAAGCACGGCGGGAGAAUAAAGGAGAAGCGGCGUUAUAAGAACUUGCCUGCAUCAAAGACAAAGACCGCUUGAAGUGACCUGUUUUCCAUAACGAAUUGCAAAAGAAUGUGGAUUAACCAAAUUCUUUGCUACCUACUGAUGGUAGCACAUUUGUUUAUUCUGAACCGGUUUGUCUACAGCCAAGAAAAAGGUUCUUCAUAUUCGGCUCAGAACUUGACAUGUAUAACACACAAUCUUGAUAAUGUUGUCUGCACCUGGACUACGGAUGCUGGAGAUGAUUCAAAACUUACUUAUGAAUUCUGUUACAAUACCAGUUCUUCCAAACCACAAUGUUCAUUAACCAAGGAAAAAAAGGGAACAUUUGAAUUAAUUGUCUUUGACCAUAUGCAGAUUGAGAUAACCACUUUCAAUUCAGCGGAGGAAGGGAAAAAUCCCCUAGCUAAAAACAAAUUUGUGCUUCCUGAAAAAGACAUUUUACUUGUUCCUCUGAUGCCUCGUAUUCAUGGACUGACUUCAGAUUAUAUAGCUGACACAGCAAUUCUGGAAUGGUAUGAUGGCGGAUCAGUCUUUCAAUAUCAAAUUGAUUCUAGUUGGCAAAUUCAGAUUCUGCGUAAAGAUCCAAUGGAGGAAAUAGCACUAGAGACCUUGAAUACAUCAGUUGGCAGCAAAGAUACUCUCCUUCGUUGGGAAUGGACAUCAGAUCUGCCUUUUAAUUGCACCACUCACUACUUUAGGAUUCGCUGUUUUCUUAAUGAGAAAAAUUUUGCUGGAAGGAAGAUGUGGAGUGAAUGGAGCCCACUUGUAAACAUUUCGGGAAGGUCCACAAGCAAAAACCCAAAAAUGUACCCUUUAGAUAAAGUGAUGGCGGUAGGUUCCAACGUCACUUUCUGCUGUGUAUAUCAACCUGGAUACACUCUCGUCAGUAUUGAUUAUGCUUCGUGCAAAACUCUGAAGUGUGAGGUUGCCCCUCUCACCAAAUGGAGCCAGACAAUCUUUGUGCAAAAUAUUAUUCCUGGCCCUAAUUCUAAUAUUAAUGGCUGGUGUGAAGUAGAAAAGGAAGGAGGAGCAAUCUCCGUUACUGGAACGGUUUUAUUUGUGGGCUAUCCUCCGACUGUCCCCCAAAAUUUAAGUUGUGAAACACAGAAUUUUAAGGACAUAGAAUGCCACUGGGAGGAAGAAAGGUUCACCUUAUUAUGUGGCUCAAGAAGAACCUAUUAUGCCUUGUUUGAAGGAAACUCUGGGAAAAAUAUGUCGUGUGCAAUUGUUCCUCGAAAUUGUAAAUAUUAUCACUGUAAUUUUACACUCCUGAAGGACCAAACAGAAUACAACUUCACUCUACAUGCUUCCAGUCAUCUUGGCCAAGCAGAAGCUUCCCUCUUAAUUGAUAUUAGGCAUAGAGUUUACCCACAUACUCCUACAGACUUAAAAGUGAGCAGCAUAACUUCAGCCAGUUUCAGACUGUCAUUUUUCUUGCCUGGCAAUUUCAGAGAAACCAAACUGCAAUGUCAGGUUCAAAUUUCCAAUGGCGCUUCCCAAGAAGAAAGGAAUGUGCUGCUGGAUGAUUCAGAAAAUUCACGUUACACAAUCUCAGUGGACAAAUUGCACCCAUUCACAAAAUACGAUUUCCAAGUUCGCUGUGCGACUCCAAAGCCUUUCUUUUGGAAAUGGAGUGAUUGGAGCACGAAAAAAACCUAUACAACCCAGCAAGCCCAACCAGCAAGAGAGCUUGAUAUCUGGAGAGAAAAAGAUGCUAAUGAAGAUACAGUUACCCUCUUUUGGAAGCCACUCCCUAUUCUUGAAAGCAAUGGAAUAAUAGAGACUUAUGAGGUAUAUUGGACCCUUCCGGAUAAAUCCACAAAGAAUCAAUCAGUUCCUGCAUCCCACAACUCCACCAAAAUAAAUCUUGGGAAGAAUGAUUACAUAUUUACAGUGAAGGCAAAGAAUAAGGCGGGUGUUUCUCCUCCUUCUUCAAUCAAUAGUGCUGAGCUUCCAGCGGAUGACAUUUCCAUAGAAAAGGGAAUUGGAAAAGAUGAUAGUAUUUUUCUUGCUUGGCAUCCUGACUCCAAUGUGACUUGUGGCUACGUAGUGAGGUGGUGUUAUAGUCCUGAGCCAUGUACAGAUGUUCACUGGGAAAAGUUUUCUUCAAGUGUGACAAAUGCUAAUAUCAAGUCAGGUGUCUUCCAGCCUGGAGUUCGAUACACAUUUUCUGUUUUUGGCUGCAAAGAAAAUGGAUAUCAGUUACUGGGAUAUAUCAAGGGCUACAUACAAGAAUUGAGUCCCAAAACAGCACCUGAUUUUAAUGUGGAACAUACCACCUCUGAUUCCAUCGUAAUAAAAUGGAAGAAUAUAUCUGUUGAAGACAGCCGAGGCUUUUUACAAGGUUAUUUGCUUAAAUGUGCCAAAGGAGAGAAAGAUGGCCCAACGCCAAAAAAUUUUAAACCAGAAAUCAACGUUACUGAUCUAAAUCAAGAUGUGUUGACAGUAUCAGGCCUUCAAGGGAAAACCAGUUACCACCUGACUUUUAGAGCCUAUACAGCUGCAGGAUCUGGACCUGUCAAUACCUUGAAUGUGGUUACAAAGGAAAAUGCUCUGGGAUUGAUCAUUGCCAUAAUUAUCCCGGUGUCUGUGGUUCUUGUGUUGGCUGUUGUAACUGGGAUCCUCUGCUACCGGAAGAGGGAAUGGAUUAAAGAAGUCUUCUAUCCUGACAUUCCAAACCCAGAACACUCCAAAGCUUUGGAUUUCCUGAGAGAUUCAGAGGGAAACUCUAAUCCUAAAACCUUGGAGAUGAACCCAUGUACCCCCAACAACAUCGAAGUAGUUGAAACCCAGUCCCAGGGUCUGAAAAUUGAAGACACGGCCAUUACAUCACCUGCUAUGGAAGACCCUCCUGAAGAUGGCUUGGAGUCUGAAUCGGGGAGCCACGUUGUGGUUUCCUAUUGUCCACCAAUCAUUGAGGAAGUCAUAUCUAAUCCACCAGAGGAUGAAUCUGCGGUGUCUUCCCAGGUUGUUUAUAUUGAUGUCCAGUCAAUGUAUUCAGCUCCAGUUAAACCAAACGAAGAAUUAGAAGCUGACUGUGCGGUUUCAGCAGGUUAUAAACCACAAAUGCAACUCGCCGUUAAUAAUUUCAAACAGUUGGAGGAAACAUCAGCGACAGAAGAGAACUCAGACAAGGGUGCAGGCUAUAGACCACAAGUGAAUGCAUCUUCCUGGAAUACGGGCGGUCCAGAUUCUCCAGAAUCCACAGAAAAUGUCUCAUUUGGGAGCCCUUGUUCGAUUAAUUCUCGGCAGUUUUUGAUUCCUCCGAAAGAUGAUGAUGACGAUUCUCCCAAAGCUAUUAACUCAGGAUGGUCUUUUGCUAACUUAUUUCACACCAAAUCAAAUGAGUAAGCCCUGGAAAUAGCUGUUUGCUUGGAACUGGUUGUUUAACAGUUUUGGAAGUACUAUCUCAGAGCGUUGAUUAUUUCGGUGAAGUUGAAAGUUACAGUGGACGUUUUAUAACUGGUAGAGAUGCUAAUUCACAGCGUUUCAGGGAAGGUAGUUCUAAAACCAAAGAGCAGCAACUAGUCUGCAACUACCUUUCAACAGUCUUCCUUUUACCCUGCCCUGGCCCAAUGCUGUCAGUCGGAUUCAAUGUUCCUUAUCUGUGACUAUAUUUAUGACUUCCUAUUCUGAGUAUGCCAGAGGAAACAUAAGCAGAUAGAAGCAAACUUUAUUUCUGCAGGUAUCAAUACGUCUAUUAAGCCUCAAAGGGAUACAUACAUGCAGGUGUGUUCAGGAUUGAGACCUUGUUGUCUAAUCAAGAAUAUGUUUAAAUUUUAAGAAAGUAUAUUUAGGUCAGCCUUUGUUACAGGAUCUUAUUGCUUAAAAAUGCAGCAGAUGGAUGUUACAGGAGCCAAACCCUACAGUACCCAUACACUACAAGUUCCAUCCAGACAUUGAAAGUCCCAAUCACCAAAAAGUUACGAGUUCACAGGAAAACGCUACAGCACCAAACACUACAGUAGUGAAUGGUGUGGUGGCCUAGAGGUGGAGCUCUCGGGAGGCUGUGAGUUCGAUCCUAGGUAGAGGCAGAUAUCUCUCUCUCUGGGCACGAUGAGAAUGUAUCUGCUGAAUAUAACUCCACAUUGGCAACAGGAAGGGCAUCCGGCCUGUAAACACUCAGAUCCAUUCAGUUGCCCAGAUUCUACCCCACAAGGGAUUAUAGGGUCAUUAAAAGAUGAUGAUGAUGAUGAUGAUGAUGAUGAUGAUAAAACACUAUAGUAGUGCUGCUGAUGGUUUUAUGGCAUUAGAUUUCCAGCUGCUUUGGAGAGCCGUUGUUUAAGGCAGUUUGUUCCCUUUUAAUUCCAGUAGAGCCAAUUUAGAUUGCUUGCCAAUCGAAGCUUGCAGUGUUAUGUUUAUGAGCCUGCUGUAUGCAUGUAUAUACAAUAAUUUUAACUCAGGAUACCACACAAGUGUAACACUGAUUUUAAAGCUUAGUCAGGUAUAGAUAAAUGUUGGACUUCUAGCAUAUUUUUUUAAUAAAUUUUAUUUUUCCAUAUUUUAAAAAAUAAAAUAAAAUGCAAUGUGUGCUAUGUCCUCACCUUAAACCGGAGAGAUUAUAAACUGCCUUCCUGACGUCCCACUUCCUAGCACUGAUGUGGAUCUAGACAUCCUACUGGAUAUUUGCUUUUUUGGAACACCAAUGUCCCAACUGUGUCUCUUUAAGAAAGAGAUGGAUGAAUGAGACUGCGCUGCAGAGAUUUGCAAAAUGUUUCAUACACAUAUUAUUCUAUACGCGGGACAGCUCAUGUUGUGAGAUUUGUGUCCCAACUGAAAUAGGCAUGUUUUGGAUGCAUGGACUAAAGCAAAUGGUUUUUGUUUUUUUUUUAGCAAAAACAGUUGGGGGACACAGGGAAAAAUUGACGACAUCUGCAUGACAUGGGAGAAAGAAAAGGAUAAUGCUAGGUAGUGACUGAGAGAAGGGAGAAAUGGCCAUGGGAAAAUAGGGAUUAGCAUGUGUCAUAUUGGGACUUUGGUGAUUUCUGAGAGGGGCAGAAGGAAAGGGAAAUUGCAGGGAAAGAGGGCAGCGAAGAAAGAUAUACCAUGUCAGAAACGGUAGAGAGAGCAGAAUGUUUUCCUCAUGUCAUCCACACUCUUACGUUACCGUCUUCCAAAAUCGUAGGCUGCAUAAAUACUAUUUGGAAUCAGCCUUCCAACAGCUUCUCUUCAUUGUCUCUGGGGAAAACCCAUUUGCUCUGGGGAAUGGCCGACUAUAAUACUCAGGCCUCCAACUCUGAAUUUCCCUGCAAACUUUUACAAGGAGAAACCGUAGGGAGCAAAUUGUGCUUUGGUGAUCUGAGAUUGAAAUCCCUCUAUAAAAUACUACCAAGCAAUUUAAAAUCAAGUCUUUUGUUAUAGGGUCAGGUGGAGUAGUUUUAAUACAAAUCUUAGCAUUUAGAGUGUAUUUCUCGCAUGUGUAAAACUGCAAUUUCACACAACUCGUUAAAUUGAUACUUAUGCACACUUCUUCUUUGAGGUGCUUAACCAAUUUAGCUUUUGUAAUUGGCAAUUUAAUACUUUCUAUGCAGCAUGUAUUUCAAAAAUCAAGCCAAGCAUACCAGGGGUGAGUUCUACUUACUUUUACUACCGGUUUGCAAUGGGGCCGCACGUGCGUGCUCACUUCACUCGCUCGCGUGUGCUCUUCUGUGCAUGCGCAGAAGCAUUUUGAUGACAUCAGAGUCAGUGGGCGGAGCCUCCCGCUGGUUUUACUACCGGUUCCAUAGAACCGGUGCGAACUGGGGGCAACUCACCACUGAAGCAUACCAUUGGUUUCUUCUCUGAGCUAUUGAAAUCAAUAUAUUAGAAGAUUGAAAAACGUAGAAUGGUCCCAUUUUUCCCAGGUUAAUCUUCAGCUUAGCUAUAGUCAAGUUUACCAAAUUUGGAUAGUCAGUUGAAGUCAUUUUAAGAUAAAUGAUUAAAAAUGGAUGGAAGUUUGAUUUAAUCUUGAGUUUUCAGAAAAUAGUCCUAUUUAUAGUGUGCCUUUAAUAUAUGGGGGCUUUUGUUUAAUGCUUUGAUUGCCCUACUCCUUUUCCACAUUUAUCAUCUUUAAAAAGAUGUUAAUCGUAUUUGCCUUCAACUAUUACACUUUUGUAAGCCUUUUUAAAUCUCCAUUUUCAGAGAUAGCAGUUGAGGUAUCUGCAUUGAUAAUAACAACAAAUAUUUCCACGCCAAAGAUGGGGUGUUGCUUUUACAAUUAACGCAGUGGCCUUCGUUUUCUUAAACUACUUUUGCAGCUUUCCAGAGUUCGACAGAAUUUGAUUUUUUUUCUACCCAAAAUAACUGAUCCUGCUAAACACUGCAUGUUUUCAAUACUUUAAUAAAGAUGAAAUGUGUGUGAUGAAAUGAAUGUAAGUAUCCUGUCAGUAAGACAUUAAUAUGUGUAUGUCCUUAGUGUAAAGCUGGUGUCUUGAAAAUAAAGCAUCUCUAAGGGUAAUUGCCCCUUUCAAGAGAGUAGUCCAUCCCAACAUAUUUGAAAUAUGCAAAAGUUCCAAAAUCUGUAAAUGUUUUCCAAAAUUCCUUUCCCCAACCAGGGCACCUUUCAAGAUUCUGUAUUUCAACACUCAGAAUUUUUUUGUUAGCAUGUUAGUUAGCAUGUUAAGAAUUCUGGGUGUUAAAAUCUAUUAGGCUGGGAAGGGUUGCUUUAUAUGGUAUUUAAAACUUGAUAUCUUGGAAAAGAGGAAAAGGGAAAAGUAAAGGGAAUCUCCAUUUAUUUAUAUCGCUCCAGGUUAUUUUUAUAAUACCGCUUAAUUUUUUAAGCAUCUCUAGAACCUCAGGUGCCAGACUCUGCAUGACACACAUUGCCUUAAUUUGCAAGAUGUUUUCCUUUAUUAUUUAGACAGCCCAGUUCGUUCUCUUGUUUCUGAGAAUUAUGUUGGAAAAUCAAACAAAAAUCUAUAUAAAGAACACUAUCCAUAUCAUGCCUCACAUAAAGGACAUAAUUGAAAUUCUUACCUUUUCAAAGAGAUUUUGAGAACCUUAUACCUAAAAUGUCAGAGUUUGGGAAGGGAGAUAUAUUUUAACAUUCUUUUGGGUUAGUUUUUGUUUUUGUUUUAAAUGGGGAUGCUGCUCAUUUGGUUCUGGAGAACCUUUCAGCAUUGAGCCAUGUAUUUCAUGUGGGCGGGAGGGAAGUUAUUUUGUUGUUUUUAAAAGAAUUUAUUUUUUGAAGGAUAUAAUUACAUUUAAUUCAUUAUAUAUUUGUUGCGAUGUACUGACCUAUGAGGGAAAAGGACUGUGAAUUUUAUUUUAGUUGGACUUUUUUUUUUUAAUUUGGAAUUGCAUUUUUGAAGAAUUAGGGUAUCCGUUUUUAGUAAUACUUUGAUAUACCUCAUAAAAGUCAUUUAUCAGAAAGAGUAAGCUACACUAAUCUUUGCAAAACAGCAUUUUCUUAUUCACGUGAAGACACAGAUUUACUGGCAGUGUUCUGCUGUACAUUGGCUCUAUGCUUUGGAAAUAGAAUAGACUGGUAGAGUUAGCUUUUAAAUAAAUAUAUUGUACAUAAAACCAUUGGACUGCCCUUACUAAUUAAGAAGCAGGGACUACUACACCAAUGUGCAUUAUAUCUUGGAUGUGAGUGCCCAUUUAAGGACCGUUCAUUCCACUCCUGGUCCUGACAAAUCAGUUAGAUGGGCCAGGAAAAUGAAGCAAAUGACACAGCACAAGGUGUCAGUUUACACAGCAAACUUCUAGGUAGUCUCUAACCGGGAUGGAACAUCUGGGGGAAAAGAAUUGCCUUUCUUUCUGAUGAUUCGUAUAAGUUAAGAUGACCAUCCAAGGGCUAAAUUAAGGAUAUGGAAGCUGCCAUACAACCAUAUCCAGGUAUGCUUUUUGCUCGCGAGAUUUUUCUUGCAAAAGAUAAACAGAGAAAGAGGCACCUGACUUCUGUUAGAAAAUGACUUUUUUGAAAGUUUUGAGCUUUCUCAAAAGUAUUCUUCUAUACAACGUCCAUUCAUCUCACCUAAGGCUUGAGAGAUGUUGAUGGAUAUUUUGCUUCGAGCCCUUCAUGAUCACGGCCAUUUGAGGAUUCUGGCUGUGUCCGUGGUGAAGUUCAGUAAACUAUUCCCCAUGGAAUCCUUGUGUUUCUAUGCUCGGUAUCUGAAAUGAGGCUACAAGUUAACUGAACUCAAAUCAUUGGCAUGUUCAGAUGUAGAGAUUUUUAAAAAGGUUCCUGGAGCAGCUUUAGAAUUAUGAUAGCUUGGUUAAAUGAACAGCUGUUGCCCUUUUUCUGGAAAUGUGCAUGUCCAAAGUAGCAUUGUGUGAUAAGUUAGAGUAAGGGUCCCCAAAUUUGGCAGCUUUAAGACUUGUGGACUUCAACUCCCAGAAUUCUCCAGCCAGCUAUGCUUGUGGACUUCAACUCCCUGGAGUUGGCUGGCUGGAGAAUUCUGGGAGUUGAAGUCCACAAGUCUUAAAACUGCCAAAUUUGAAGACUUCUGAGUUAGAGUGAACCGUUAGGGGUGAUGUCGAACAGUUCUGUGGUUUUUAUGAAUCGAGUGAGCCACUGCAAAAUGGUACACGCUUCUCUUCCAGAUCAGAAAAAUUUUGUUGGUCAGCAGCUCUGUCCUCCUCGAAUGGUUGAUUGAAUGUUUGCACCUGGUACCUUUGGUGUCACCUGGUACCAGCUUUGGUGUCUGGGUGAGUGGAUUGUUGACGCUAUGGUAGCAUGCAUAGAUUUUUGUUAUUUCUUGCCAUUUUUCCAUGAAGUCAUAUGGUCUUGAUUGAGGGCCCUUCAUUGCGAAUAUGAAAUCUCCUGCAGUGAGAUGAAACAGAGACAGGAAGGACUUGUAGACGGGGAACUAUAUUGGGCAAGUGCUGAAGUGGGGAUGGGGUGGGGUGGGGUUUGGGGAACAUUCUUCAGAAGUUAAUUGUAGAUAAAGAAAACAUGCUUGUAUAAUAUAUAAUUGUUUUAUAGCUCAAUACAUUCUGAAGGUUUUUAUUCAAAAUCUUGCAGCAUAUUAAACUUAUAAUACAUAGUAAAUGUGAAGUUAAUCUCCGUGCUUAUUGAAAUAUUAAAUAACCAGUGUAAUAUUGAAUCAACUGGAAGACUCAAUGUUGCUUAACUUUGUUAUAUUUUCCUCCUCGAGCAAUUUUAUUUCUUUUUUUUGCUUCUAGUCUGUAUAAAAUGGGCUACUGAUUCUGGCUCGCUGAUGCCAGACGGCUCAGGUAUCUUAAAAUGUAGGUUAAAUCAUUCUACUCGUCUAUUUCUACUGUACAUAUUUAACUGUACAUAUUUAACUGGCAAAACUGCAUUUCUGAAAUACUUUUUCCGUUUCACCUUGUUCGCUCACAGAUUAACAGUUGAUUGCUGUACUGAAAUGACACGAUCACUUUGCAGUUUAGGAAAAUUUCUGUUAAGCCUUUAGGACAAACUUAAAUUCAUGAAUAUGAGUUUGCAUCCAACUCUUUAUUAAAGCAAUGCUUUAAUCUUAAAACCAAAAGGGUUCGAUAGGACUUUCCCAUUUUCUGUGUUUGCUCUGCUAAACCCCUCUGAGUAGAUGUGCGUAACAUAUCUAUGGACUGAGGCCAGUGUUGUGUAGACAUCAAUAUGAGCAAAACAACAAUGUAGCAGCUAUGUGAGUCCUAGUGAAGCUAUCCAAGCAGAUCCGUCAAGCGAGUAAUAACUUUAGGGAUAAACAAGGAAGAAAAGAGGAGGGAACAUUAAACUAUACAAGUAAUGUAACACUAGUGCACUAAAUUUGGAAUGAAUAUGAAGCUAAUAUGAUACCCUAUAGCCAGACAGUGCUUAUCCCUAUAAUAUGCAUGUAUUAAGAAUAUUUGCCAGAAAUACUGUCAUGAAGUUUAAUAAAUGUAUUUUCUUACCCUUUAAAAGUGUGAAUAUUUUUUUUUUCUUAUCCGUUUGAGUUGGUUUUGUUUCUGCCUCUGUAAUAUUGCAGUUCUUACUCAAUAAAAACAUAUCGUGGG